AUUUGAGUUCAGACGAGCGAUUAAAGAGGGAACGUCGCUGGUUUUAUUCCAACAUAAAGGCCGCAAACGGACAAGCCAAAAGCGGUGGGCCGGGCGGGCGGCAGCGAUCGGUGUUCGUCGGCGGGACGGGCGCGGCCCGAGGCCGGCGGGUCGGGAUGAGCGGGGCGGCGCUGGGCGCCGAGAUGGUGGUGGUGUUCUUCCUGGCGCUCUUCCUGCUGCAUCGCUACGGAGACUUCCGCAAGCAGCAGCGCAUGGUCCUGUUCGGAACGCUGCUGGCCUGGUACCUCUGCUUUCUCAUCGUCUUCAUCCUGCCGCUCGACGUCACCACGACCAUCUACAAGCAGUGCAAGACGGACCGCCGGGAUCGGACCACGGGUUCGCCGCCGUCCAAUCAGACGUCCGGGAACGCGUCGGCGGCGCCCACUCAGAGUGCGCGAGCGGCGUGCUACGAGCCGUGGAGCUACAUCCCGGACGGCGUCAUGCCCGUCUUCUGGCGGGUGGUCUACUGGACGUCGCAGUGCCUCACGUGGUUGCUGCUGCCCUUCAUGCAGUCGUACGCUCGCUCCGGCGGUUUCUCCGUGGCCGGGAAGGUCCAGACGGCGCUCAUCGAGAACGCCAUCUACUACGGAAGCUACCUGCUCAUCUUCGGCUCGCUGCUCAUCUACGUCGCCGUCCACCCCGAGUGGCGCCUGUCCUGGUACGAGCUCCAGACCGUCGGCAUCACGGCGGCCAACACCUGGGGUCUGUUCCUGCUGGUUCUGCUGCUGGGCUACGGGCUGGUGGAAGUCCCGCGCUCCUACUGGAACGCCUCCAGACACGGACACAUGCUCCUCAAGACCUACUUCAAGGCCGCCAAGCUCAUGACGGAGAAGGCGGACGCCGAGGAGAACCUGGAGGACGUCAUGGAGGAGGUGAGAAAGGUGAGCGAGGCCGUCAAGUACAACCAUCCUCUGAGGAAGUGCAUCGACACCAUCCUCAGGAAGUGCCCGGCGGACUACCAGGACAAGAUGGGCCGCAACAUGGACGACUACGAGGACUUUGAGGACAAGCAGACCUUCCCUAGCGAGAAGAGUCUGGUCAAGCUUCACAAACGGGUGAUCUACGCGGUUCAGCGGCACAAGCGCACGCGCGUGCAGUGGCGCAUGCUCCUGCGGGAAGCCUUCCACCUGGAGGACGUGGCCAAGAACGAGACCAGCUCCACGCGGCGCUUCGUGCGCGGCUUCCCCCCCGCCGAGCCCCCGGGAUGGUUGAGCAGAUACGUCUACACGCCCACCGCAGAGUGGUACUGGGAGUGCCUGCUGAAGCGCGGCUUCCACCGCGUCCUGGCCUCGGUCCUCAGCCUGUUCAGCGCCGCCGUGGUCUGGUCCGAGUGCACCUUCUUCAGCACCGAACCCGUCCUGUCGCUCUUCGCCGUCUUCAUCCAGCUGGCCGAGCGCGACUACAACUACGUCUACAUCCAGGUGGCGUGCUUCAUCACCAUCUUCUUCCUGUGUACGUGCGUGUACUCCACGGUGUUCCGCAUCCGCGUCUUCAACUUCUACUACCUGGCGCCGCAUCACCAGACGGACGCGUACAGCCUGCAGUUCAGCGGCAUGCUGUUCUGCCGCUUGACGCCGCCGCUGUGCCUCAACUUCUUGGGUCUCAUCCACAUGGACGCCGCCAUCUCGCACCAGCACAAAGAGCAGACGGCCUACACCUCGAUCAUGGGCUCCAUGCGCGUGCUGUCCUUCGUGGCCGACGGCUUCUACAUCUACUACCCCAUGCUCGUCGUCAUCUUGUGCAUCGCCACCUACUUCAGCCUGGGCACCCGCCUGCUCAACCUGCUCGGCUUCCAGCAGUUCAUGGGCGACAGCGAGCUGACGUCGGACCUGGUGGACGAGGGCAAGGAGCUGAUUCGCCGAGAGAAACGCAAGCGCCAGAGGACGGAAGACGGCGAGAACAGACGCCGCGAGUGGAAGGAGCGUUACGGCAACGCGAGGGAGGAGCUGAGCGCCGGGGGCAGGAACAACCACGAAAUGAAGGAGACCGGUUACUCGGACGACGCUAGCAACAGAUCGGGGAAGUUUUGCCGUUCUGCCAGUCGAGCGGAUCGCGACCGCAUCGAGCUUCUCCGGGACGAAGAACCGAUGGACUUCAACGCCGAGUCGCCGGGGGACGACGCGGCCCGCCAAGAUGGAGGGAGAGCCACGGGCGGACGCUACUUGUCCAUGUCGUCGUCUCGGAGUCGCAUUUUUGACGACGUCUAACCGCGUAGACGUCGAUCAGCGGAACCGCGGCUUCGCCCUCCACCGGACCCCCGUCCGUCACGACCCGACCUCGCCGCGGAUUCGCCGGUUCGCCCUCCACCGGACCCCCGUCCGUCACGAGCCACCGUCGCCUGACCUGCCGAGGACGUUCGUAAAGCUGCCGUCCAGCAGAGGGCGCCACCCACGUCUGCAUGUUUUCGCUACUCGAAUGAUGUUCAACGUUAUAACAGAUUAGAAUUGAUCGAAUGUCCCUCAUUAUUUGUCCUCUUUUAACAUGUGCCACAGAUGCUGUUGUAUAGUAUGAUAUUUAUAUGAAAUAUUUAUGUAUGUAGUUUGUGCUGUGAAAAUCACUAAAACUGGGCAACGAA